AAACGAACAGGGGCGGGAUUGAGCAUGUUUAGGGAUUUCCUGGUUACAACAUAAGGAUGAAUGUGGGUGUGGCUCACAGUGAGGUGAACCCCAACACACGGGUGAUGAACAGCAGAGGGAUCUGGCUGGCCUACCUGUUGCUGGUCACCGUGCUGCACGUCGUCCUGUUGAGCAUCCCUGUCCUCACUGUGCCUCUCGUCUGGACCCUCACAAAUGUCAUCCAUAAUCUGGUGAUGUACUUGUUUCUGCACACAGUAAAAGGCACCCCUUUUGAGACACCGGACCAGGGCAAAGCUCGCCUACUCACACACUGGGAACAGAUGGACUACGGCAUUCAGUUUACAUCCUCACGCAAAUUCCUCACCAUCUCACCCAUUGUGCUGUAUAUUCUUGCCAGUUUCUACACCAAGUACGAUGCCACACAUUUCCUGGUCAAUACAGGCUCUCUCCUCAGCGUCCUCCUUCCAAAGCUGCCCCUGUUCCAUGGAGUACGAAUAUUUGGGAUCAAUAGGUACUGACUGACACAACUGGAUAAUAUCAGAUUUAUAUUCUAUUUAUGUGUACUUUACUUCUAAGGUCCAGAGGCGGAAGUGAAUAAAACAUGUUUGGUAACUUCA